UGCAGUGCAGCUUUUUGGCAUAUCUGUGGUCACCUUGCUCUAGAAGUCAGCCCUUUGUUUUGAUAUUGUGCACAAGGACAUUUUGUUCCUUAAAGAUUCAGGGAUUCACUCAACAGAGUCCAAAUACAUUACUCUUUUCUGAUUCCGAUUCUCUUUGCAGGCACUGAUGGCUUUGUAGUUUUGAAGUGAAGAGACAGAAGUGGAUGUUGCUGUGACCUCCGGUGGCCAAGGGAUGGUGACGGGCAAGAGUGACGAAUGGAUGCCAAGUUCCAGAGGUCUUAUAAGAAUGUCUCAACCUGCUCACUCAGCCUCCUUUCAGGUCACUUUUCUGUUGCUGCUUUUGCACUGGGACAUACUCAGCUGGGCCAUGCCUGCUGCUCCAGAUUACUUGCAGCGUGGCUGGCAAAGGCUCCUAGAGGAAGGGGAGAGCUGUGCGGAAUGUCGCUUGGAAGAAUGUCCCACACCACGGGGCUGCCUUUCUGGGGUGGUGCUGGAUGCUUGUGACUGCUGUUGGGAGUGUGCCAAUCUGGAGGGACAGAUAUGUGACUUAGACAAUACCAACCACUUCUAUGGCAAGUGUGGGGACCACUUAGAGUGCCGUCUCGAUGCUGGAGAUCUUCGACAUGGCGAGGUUCCCGAGCCUCAGUGUACUUGCCUUUCCAGCCAGGCUCUCUGUGGUUCUGAUGGCAAAACCUAUGCACAAAUCUGCAAAUUCCAAGAGAUGCAAAACUCAUAUCCAGAGGCUAAUCUCACCGUGGCCCACAAAGGACCCUGUGAAUCAGAGCCCCGCAUCAUGUCUCCUCCUUAUGACAUCUGGAACAUCACUGGGCAAGAUGUGAUCUUUGGUUGUGAGGUCUUUGCAUACCCCAUGGCAUCCAUCGAAUGGAGGAAAGAAGGACUGGACAUGCUGCUUCCAGGAGAUGACCCGCAUAUCUCAGUACAGUUUAGGGGAGGACCUCAGAAAUAUGAGGUGACCAGCUGGCUCCAGAUCCAAGCUGUGCGGGUGACGGAUGAGGGAACAUACCGCUGCUUCGCAAGGAACACAGUUGGGCAAGUGGCAGCUCUUGCCAGCCUUAUGGUUCUCACACCUGAUCAACUGAACAUGACCAAAUUGAUGCUACCCAAGAUGACCAACCUGGGACUGGAUGAUUAUGUGGAGAGUGAUGAGUCAUAUGACUAUUACUGACAGUGCAUAUGGUGGGGGAUCAGACGGAGUGCAAGGACAUUUGCAUCCUUUCCCAUUUGAUGAGCACCUGCCUCCUCAUCUACUGCAGCCCCCAACAUACAGGAUAACCAAGACUGAACCUUUGUGCUGGACUGCAGGAAGCUAGCAGAAAACCUUCUAGGAACAAUUAUGAUAUCAACUGAUUUUGUUUGGGGUAGAUAAAUAUAUUUAAUCAUCCAAUCCAUUCCUAUGCUGAUUGGAGAGCAAACAAUGAGGAGGGGGAAACCAUUAUAUUUAGCUGAACUUAGAGCAAGUGGACAUUAAA